AUGCCGAUCAGACUGCCCGACCACGACAGUCCCGCGCCGUCUGGACGCACGCACGCACUCGCUCGCCGUCUGCUCAACACCCGAGUACACAACGUGCCGCUGCUCAAUUGCGCGAUCCUGGUGUUGUUUGUGUUCCUCUUAUCUAAGCUCACCUCCAAGUACCACCAAUUGUACACGCGCUCGUCGCUGGUGGCAACCAUGGCAACCAACAUCGUGUUGUACGGCAUCGCAGACACGCUCGCACAGUCCAUCUCGGCUUAUUUCCAGCAGAUCAGCCCGCAACGAAGGUCUUCCGCAUACUCCCUCGCCACUUACCUCGAAUCUGCAGUUCCCAGAAGACCGGAGGACUAUUUUGUGGACUACGGCGAGGACGGCGAGGUCUCGAUGGGUCUCCAAAACACAGAACAGCCGCCAGAGGCACCCGGGUUCCAGUUCCGCCGGUUCGCCGGGUUUAUUGUUUGGGGGUUUAUGAUGUCGUUUGUUCAGGUUGUAUGGUACUCUUUCCUGAAUUCCAUGUACAACGACGACCCGUCGGUUGUGAGUGUGCUGGAACGGGUACUCACGGACCAACUGUGUUUCUCUCCGGUUUCCUUAGCAUGCUUCUUUGCCUACGGAACUCUAGUCAUUGAACAGGGCACCUCUGAGGACGUGAAGAACAAACUGUACCGGAUAUAUCUGUCCACGCUCACGUGCAAUUUCUGCCUGUGGUUCCCCGUGCAGUUUAUCAACUUCCUGGUGAUGCCCACGCAGUUCCAGGUGCCCUUCAGCAGCGGCGUCGGCGUGCUGUGGAACUGUUUCCUCUCGCUGCGGAACGCGGCCAGCUGA